CUUAGUGAGUGAAUGUUAUGUCUAGGAUCUGUUUUGGACUACUUUCGGCUCGAAUGAGCGGGUCAGCUUGAGACUAUGUCUGAUGUCGGCCCGCGUGGCACAAACUUGUCCGCGAUAAAUGUUUUAGUCGAGUUUGCCGUGUUGGACUCUAUGAAGUGCCUUGGCUAUGAUCAGCUGAACCUGCGGGCCAUUCCCAAUGCUCUCACUAUGCAACCCUACUCGAAGCGGUGCGUUCGUUAGUGGCGCCAAACUAGGAGUUCGCAUAUGUCCGGGUGGAAAUGCAUGAUUUGAAAAUCGUAUCGAUGUUCAGGGAUAUAGGUCAUUUCUACUUGCCAGGAUCUGCCGGGGACCUCUGCAUUCUCUUCUAUAUAAACCCUCCGUCCCGCAGCACUUUCUCAGAAUUUGUUUUCUCGAUCAGUCAACACUUGGAAACGUUAACCGUCCUCCUUUUAGCAAAGAAACCACUCCAGUUUUCCUCGAAUUCUGAAAAAAUGAAGUCUGCUCUCAUCCUCGGCUUGGUGGGUACUGCCCUUGGUGCCGCAAUCCCAGACGACGUUCCGACUCGGACUUUGGUGCUCCCAGGCUUCCCAAACGGUGGCAAUCCAUUCCCAACCCGCGACGCAAAUGAGAAGCGUGGUGAUAUCGAGCUUGGCGGUCCUACUCCUGACCCAGACAAGGUCCAGAUUGUUGGCGUGACCUAUGGCGGUACUGGCUGCCCUUCUAACACCGUCAGCCACGUCCUCUCCGAUGACCGACAGGUUAUGACUCUCAUCUUCGAUGAAUAUGUUGCGUCCAUUGGCCCUGAGGUUCCCAUCACCCAGAACCGUAAGAACUGCCAGCUCAACAUCAACCUUCGCUACCCAGGUGGUUUCCAAUUCUCGAUUUUCUCCGCCGAUUACCGUGGAUAUGCCAACCUUGAGAAGGGCAUCACGGGUACCCAGAAGAGUACCUACUACUUCUCCGGCCAGACUCAACAGACCAAUACCCAGACCCAGUGGAAGGGUCCAUUCAGCGGCGACUUCCUCCUGCACGAUGAGGCCGAGAACACCUCCACCGUGUGGUCUCCUUGCGGUGCUAACGGCGCUCUUAACAUCAACUCCCAGAUCCGCCUGACCAGCUCUGACCGCAAUGCUCAGGGCAUCAUGACCAACGACUCCCUUGACGCCAGCUUCAAGCAAAUUGUCCACUUCCGCUGGAGAGAGUGCACCGAAUAA